UGUCCUGUUACAUUAGAUAAGUUAUCAUGGUAGACAUGCGUAUAGCAGCUUUUCUUCUAUUAUUCGGCGCGAGUUUGGCAGAUGUUCUGCCAAAUGGUUGUCCUCGAGACUCAAAUGUACAUUUGUUACUGAGACACGAAACAGAUUGUACUAAAUUCUAUUCGUGUAGUAAUGGAAGACCUAUCCUGAUGUCAUGUGGGAGUGGUACCGCUUUCGAUGCUGCGCUACAGGGAUGUAAUUGGGCAAAUCAAGUUGAUUGUUCAACAACAACAAAAAUGACACCACCAUCAAUAUCAACGACGCCAGCAACAACAACAACAACCAGUGUUCCAAUAACAACUACUCCUGUAACAACAACAAGUCCAGUUACAACAACUAGCCCAUUUACAACAACAAGUCCAGUUACAACAACUAGUCCAGUUACAAUAACAACAACUCCUGCGCCCUCUACAACUUUGAGUUCUACAACAACAGAAACACCAACAACAGUAUCUCCUUCGUCUUGCCCAUAUAAUGUCAACUUAGACCAUUCAGAAGAUAAUGACUGUGACAAAUUCAAACACUGCACGGAUAAAAUAAAAUUAAUACUUAAUUGUCCUGUAAAAAGCAAUAAUUUUAAUUACUCUCUGAAUGUUGAUUAUAGCAAUACAAAACACGAGAAGAAAAAUUCAACUGAAUGUGUCUUCAAGGAUAAAAUAGAUUGUGUAGAAAACGAUCACAACUAUAUAGAUAGUGGGGGGACAAACUGUAGUGGUAAUGAGACGUAUCCCCACUCUGACUGUGAUAAAUAUUACCAAUGUGAAAGUGGUCAAAUUGUUUUGAAAUCAUGUGCCCCUGGUACUCAUUAUAAUGAGGAUAUGCAAGCAAAGGUGGCGCUGAACGGCAGUUGGGGUUGGAAAGCCUCGACUGACCCGACGGCAGAGGUCCUGUUUGUGGACCAGAGAGGAGCCGGCUUUUAUGCGGCGGUGGAUGGCGGCCAGAGGUCGCGGCGCGGCGGGCUCGCUGGUUUAGCAAGCCACGCCGUGCAGCGGAGGGCGGGAUCCCGACGCGUCAUUGUGAUGACGCGCGGAGACUCCUGCAGAGAGGUGUGGGGCGGCGGCCGCUGUAAAACGGUCGUCUGCCAACUCGUAAUCCGGUCCGUGGGGUCGGACCGAGGGCCGCCACCUCUGGUGAGGACCUUCCGACGUGCACCCUCCGGCCGGACGGUGAUGGAGUCGGGGGUUCGGGGGAACGCGGAUGAUGGAGCGGGGAAAAAUCCAUUGUCUGCGCGUUGGUGGCGUAAGCCUUCGUUCCAGCAGCCGCCAGCGAGGGGGGAUCUAGUGGUGGGCCUGGAAACGGGCAUCUGCUGGGCGGGACACGCGGAUUGUGACACCAUCCAAAACGCUGGAUGUUUAAUAAAAUCGAGAAAAUCGAGAAACGUCCAGACGUUUCCGAACGGCUGUCCAAUCGGUUCAGCAACGAAACUAUUGCCACAUGAAACGGAAUGUGAUAGAUACUACCAAUGUGUUCACGGGAACAAAGUGUUGAUGCCUUGUGCUCCGGGAACGCACUUUAGUUAUAAGUUACAGCGAUGUGAUUGGCCACACGCAUCAGAAUGUGUGCCUGGUGGUUCAACAACAACAACAACAACACGACCAGUUACAACACCCAGUACAACAACAACCACAUCAACAACUACCACAACAACAACAACACCUCGGCCUACAACACCAAGUACAACAACAACAACAACAGACAGUAACAAUAUUGAAACGUUCCCGAACGGUUGUCCCAAAGAUUAUAGGAUAGAGAAACUCCUACCACAUGAAACUCAGUGUGAUAGAUUCUACCAAUGUGUUCACGGGAACAAAGUGUUGAUGCCGUGUGCUCCGGGAACGCACUUUAGUUAUAAGUUACAGAGGUGUGAUUGGCCACACUUAUCAGAAUGUGUGCCCGGUGGAUCAACAACAACUAGCACAACAACAACAACAACAUCCCGACCCGAUACAACAACAACAACAACAUCCCGUCCCGAUACAACAACAACUACAACAUCCCGUCCCGAUACAACAACAACAAUAACCUCUCGGCCCGAUACAACAACAACAACUCGACCCAUUACAACAACAGAGAAAGAUGAGAUAGAAACGUUCCCGAAUGGUUGUCCCAAAGAUUAUAGAAUAGAGAAACUCCUACCACAUGAAACUCAGUGUGAUAGAUUCUACCAAUGUGUUCACGGGAACAAAGUGUUAAUGCCGUGUGCUCCGGGAACACACUUUAGUUACAGAUUACAGAAAUGUGAUUGGCCACACAUCUCCGAAUGUGUUCCUGGCGGUGGAUCAACUACAUCAACUCGCCCGGAUACAACAACUAGUUCAACAACAACAGCGCAUCCAGAAACAACAACUACUACAACAACAACAUCCCGGCCAGAUACUACAACUACUAGUACAACAACGACAUCGCAUCCUGAAACAACAACUAGUUCAACAACAACAGCGCGCCCAGAUACAACAACUAGUUCAACAACAACCGCGCAUCCAGAAACAACUACUAGUACAACAACAACCGCGCAUCCAGAAACAACAACUAGUUACACAACAACAGCGCACCCAGAUACAACAACUGGUUCAACAACAACCACGCAUCCAGAAACAACAACUGGUUCAACGACAACAGCGCAUCCUGAAACAACAACUAGUUCAACAACAACAGCUCAUCCAGAUACAACAACAACUGCGCAUCCUGAAACAACAACAACAGCACAUCCCGAUACGACUACUAGUUCAACAACAACAGCACAUCCAGAAACAACAACAACAACGCGCCCAGAUACAACAACUAGUUCAACAACAACAGCCCAUCCAGAUACAACAACUAGUUCAACAACAACCGCGCAUCCUGAAACAACAACUAGUUCAACAACAACAGCGCGCCCAGAUACAACAACUAGUUCAACAACAACCGCGCAUCCAGAAACAACUACUAGUACAACAACAACCGCGCAUCCAGAAACAACAACUAGUUACACAACAACUGCGCAUCCAGAAACAACAACUAGUUCAGCAACAACCGCGCAUCCAGAAACAACCACUAGUUCAACAACAACAGCACUUCCUGAAACAACAACUGGUUCAACAACAACAGCUUAUCCUGAAACAACAACUAGUUCAACAACUGCGCAUCCUGAAACAACAACAACAGCGCACCCCGAUACGACUACUAGUUCAACAACAACAGCACAUCCAGAAACAACAACUAGUUCAACAACAACAGCAUAUCCUGAAACAACAACAACAGCGCAUCCAGAAACAACAACUGGUUCAACAACAACAACCGCGGAUCCAGAAACAACAACUAGUUCAACAAUAACCACGCAUCCAGAAACAACCACUAGUUCAACAACAACAGCACAUCCUGAAACAACAACUGGUUCAACAACAACAGCUUAUCCUGAAACAACAACUAGUUCAACAACUGCGCAUCCUGAAACAACAACAACAGCGCAAACAACUACAUCUUCAACUACUUCACGGCCAGAUACAACAACUAGUUCAACAACUUUGCCAACAACAACUUCAGUCCCUGAAACAACACCAAUCACAACAACAACACAAAAAGACGGCGACGGUGACAUAGAAACAUUACCAAAUGGGUGUCCAAAAGAUUUCACAAUUGAUAAACUGUUACCGCACGAAACAGAGUGUGAUAGAUACUAUCAAUGCGUUCACGGUAACAAAGUGUUGAUGCCGUGUGUUCCGGGAACGUACUUCAGUUACAAGUUACAGCGUUGUGAUUGGCCACACAUAUCAGAAUGUGUUCCCGGUGGUGGAACAACAACAACAACGACUACUGUUGCACAAACAACAACAACAACAUCAACUACUGAAAAUGAUGGUGAAACCAGUACGCAAAAACCAAUAACAACAACACGCGUUCCAACUACAACUGACUACGUUAUAACAACAGUGGAUGAUGGAGAAGCAACAACUCGCGUUCCAACAACAACUGAAUAUGUUACAACAACAGUAGAUGAUGUUGCUUCAACAACACGCGUUCCAACAACAACUGAAUACGUUACAGCAACGGUAGAUGAUGUUGCUUCAACCACACGUAUUCCAACAACAACAGACUACGUUACAACAACAGUAGACGAUGUGGCUUCAACAACACGCAUUCCAACAACAACAGACUACGUUUCAACAACAGUAGACGAUGUGGCUUCAACAACACGCAUUCCAACAACAACAGACUACGUUUCAACAACAGUGGAUGGUGGAGAAGCAACAACACGCGUUCCAACAACUGAAUACGUAACAACAACAGUAGAUGAUGUGACUUCAACAACACAUAUUCCAACCACAACUGACUACGUUACAACAACAGUGGAUGGUGGAGAAGAAACAACACGCGUCCCAACAACAACUGAAUACGUAACAACAACAGUAGAUGAUGUUGCUUCAACAACACGCGUUCCAACAACAACCCAAUACGAAACAACAACAGUAGAUAAUGUUGCUUCAACCACACGUAUUCCAACAACAACAGACUACGUUACAACAACAGUGGAUGGUGGAGAAGCAACAACACGCGUUUCAACAACAACUGAAUACGUUACAACAACGGAUAGUGGAGAAGCAACACGCGUUCCAACAACAACUGAAUACGUUACAACAACGGAUAGUGGAGAAGCAACACGCGUUCCAACAACAACUGAAUACGUAACAACAACAGAAGAUGAUGUUGCUUCAACAACACGCGUUCCUACAACAACUGAAUACGUUACAACAACAGUAGACUAUGUGACUUCAACCACACGUAUUCCAACAACAACUGAAUACGUUACAACAACAGUGGAUGGUGGAGAAGAAACAACACGCGUUCCAACAACAACUGAAUACGAAACAACAACAGUAGAUAAUGUUGCUUCAACCACAAGUAUUCCAACAACAACAGACUACGUUACAACAACAGUGGAUGGUGGAGAAGCAACAACACGCGUUCCAACAACAACUGAAUACGUAACAGCAACAGUAGAUGAUGUUGCUUCAACAACACGCGUUCCAACAACAACUGAAUACGUUACAACAACGGAUAGUGGAGAAGCAACAACACGCGUUCCAACAACAACUGAAUACGUAACAACAACAGAAGAUGAUGUUGCUUCAACAACACACGUUCCAACAACAACUGAAUACGUUACAACAACAGUAGACUAUGUGACUUCAACCACACGUAUUCCAACAACAACUGAAUACGUUACAACAACAGUGGAUGGUGGAGAAGAAACAACAAGCGUUCCAACAACAACUGAAUACGUAACAACAACAGUAGAUGAUGUUGCUUCAACCACACGUAUUCCAACAACAACAGACUACGUUUCAACAACAGUGGAUGGUGGAGAAGCAACAACACGCGUUCCAACAACAACUGACUACGUUACAACAACAGUGGAUGGUGAAGAAGCAACAACACGCGUUCCUACAACAACUGACUACGUUUCAACAACAGUAGAUGAUUUGGCUUCAACAACACGCGUUCCAACAACAACAGAAUACGUAACAACAACAGUAGAUGAUGUUGCUUCAACCACACGCAUUCCAACAACAACAGACUACGUUACAACAACAGUAGACGAUGUGGCUUCAACCACACGUAUUCCAACAACAACAGACUACGUUACAACAACAGUAGACGAUGUGGCUUCAACAACACGCGUUCCAACAACAGUAGAUGAUGUUGCUUCAACAACAGUAGAUGAUGUUGCUUCAACAACACGCGUUCCAACAACAACUGAAUACGUUACAACAACAGUGGAUAGUGGAGAAGCAACAACACGCGUUCCAACAACAACUGAAUACGUAACAACGACAGAAGAUGAUGUUGCUUCAACAACACGCGUUCCAACAACAACUGAAUACGUUACAACAACAGUAGAUGAUGUUGCUACAACCACACGUAUUCCAACAACUGACUACGUUACAACAACAGAAGAUAAUGUUGCUUCAACAACACGCGUUCCAACAACAACUGAAUACGUUACAACAACAGUAGAUGAUGUUGCUUCAACAACACGCAUUCCAACAACAACUGACUACGUUUCAACAACAGUAGAUGAUGUUGCUUCAACAACACGCAUUCCAACAACAACUGAAUACGUUACAACUACAGAUGACGUCGAUGGUGGAUCGUCUACAACAAGAAUUCCAACAACUGACUCAAUUACAACAACAAUUGAUGAUGAGCAGUUGACAACUCAAGUCCCUACAACAACAGACUACAUUACAACAACACUGGACGGUGAGCAAUCAACAACACGUGUUCCUACAACAACAGACUACAUAACAACAAUAACUGAUGGAGAAGCAUCAACAACACGCAUUCCCACUACAACAGAAUACACUGCCACAACUGUUGAUGAUAUUGUUUCAACAACACGCAUUCCAACAACAACUGAGUACACUACAACAACAGUAGAUGAUGCGGCUUCAACAACACGCAUUCCAACAACAACUGACUACGUAACAACAACAGUAGAUGAUGUGGCUUCAACAACACGCAUUCCAACCACAACUGACUACGUUACAACAACAGUGGAUGGUGGAGAAGCAACAACACGCGUUCCAACAACACGCGUUCCAACAACAACUGAAUACGUAACAUCAACAGUAGAUGAUGUUGCUUCAACAACACGCAUUCCAACAACAACUGAAUACGUUACAACAACAGUAAAUAAUGUUGCUUCAACCACACGUAUUCCAACAACAACAGACUACGUUUCAACAACAGUGGAUGGUGGAGAAGCAACAACACGUGUUCCAACAACAACUGAAUACGUAACAACAACAGUAGAUGAUGUUGCUUCAACCACACGUAUUCCAACAACAACAGACUACGUUUCAACAACAGUGGAUGAUGGACAAGCAACAACACGCGUUCCAACAACAACUGAAUACGUAACAACAACAGUAGAUGAUGUUGCUUCAACAACACGCAUUCCAACAACAACUGACUACGUUACAACAACAGUAAAUGAUGUUGCUUCAACAACACGCAUUCCAACAACAACAGACUACGUUUCAACAACAGUAGAUGAUGUUUCUUCAACCACACGUAUUCCAACAACAACUGAAUACGUUACAACAACAGUGGAGGGUGGAGAAGCAACAACACGCGUUCCAACAACAACUGAUUACGUAACAACAACAGUAGAUGAUGUUGCUUCAACCACACGUAUUCCAACAACAACAGACUACGUUUCAACAACAGUGGAUGGUGGAGAAGCAACAACACGCGUUCCAACAACAACUGAAUACGUAACAACAACAGUAGAUGAUGUUGCUUCAACAACACGCAUUCCAACAACAACUGACUACGUUUCAACAACAGUAGAUGAUGUUGCUUCAACCACACGUGUUCCAACAACAACAGACUACGUUACAACAACAGUAGACGAUGUGGCUUCAACAACACGCAUUCCAACAACAACUGAAUACGUUACAACAACAGUGGAUGGUGGAGAAGCAACAACACGCGUUCCAACAACAACUGAAUACGUAACAACAACAGUAGAUGAUGUUGCUUCAACCACACGUAUUCCAACAACAACAGACUACGUUUCAACAACAGUGGAUGGUGGAGAAGCAACAACACGCGUUCCAAUAACAACUGAAUACGUAACAACAACAGUAGAUGAUGUUGCUUCAACAACACGCAUUCCAACAACAACUGACUACGUUUCAACAACAGUAAAUGAUGUUGCUUCAACAACACGCAUUCCAACAACAACAGACUACGUUUCAACAACAGUAGAUGAUGUGGCUUCAACAACACGUAUUCCAGCCACAACUGACUACGUUACAACAACAGUGGAUGGUGGAGAAGCAACAACACGCGUUCCAACAACAACUGAAUACGUAACAACAAUAGUAGAUGAUGUUGCUUCAACAACACGCAUUCCAACAACAACUGACUACGUUUCAACAACAGUAGAUGAUGUUGCUUCAACCACACGUGUUCCAACAACAACAGACUACGUUACAACAACAGUAGACGAUGUGGCUUCGACAACACGCAUUCCAACAACAACAGACUACGUUACAACAACAGUAGACGAUGUGGCUGCGACAACACGCAUUCCAACAACAACAGACUACGUUUCAACAACAGUGGAUGGUGGAGAAGCAACAACACGCGUUCCAACAACAAAUCAAUACGAAACAACAACAGUAGAUGAUGUGGCUUCAACAACACGUAUUCCAACAACAACUGACUACGUUUCAACAACAGUAGAUGAUGUUGCUUCAACCACACGUAUUCCAACAACAACUGAAUACGUUACAACAACAGUAAAUGAGGAAUUAUCAACAACACACGUUCCAACAACAACAGAAUUCGUAACAACAACAGUCAAUGAUGAAGUAUCAACAACACGCGUUCCAACAACAACAGACUACGUUGCAACAACAGUCAAUGAUGAAGCAUCAACAACACGCCUUCCAACAACAACUGAAUACGUUACAACAACAGUAGAUUAUGUGACUGCAACAACACGUAUUCCAACCACAACUGACUACGUUACAACAACAGUGGAUGGUGGAGAAGCAACAACACGCCUUCCAACAACAACUGAAUACGUUACAACAACAGAAAAUGAUGUUGCUUCAACAACACGCCUUCCAACAACAACAGACUACGUCUCAACAACAGAAGAUGAUGUUGCUUCAACUAUACGUAUUCCAACAACAACUGAAUACGUAACAACAACAGUAGAUGAUGUGACUUCAACAACACGCGUUCCAACAACAACUGAAUACGUAACAACAACAGUAGAUGAUGCUGCUUCAACAACACGCAUUCCAACAACAACUGAAUACGUUACAACAACAGUAAAUGAUGUUGCUUCAACCACACGUAUUCCAACAACAACAGACUACGUUUCAACAACAGUGGAUGGUGGAGAAGCAACAACACGCGUUCCAACAACAACUGAAUACGUAACAACAACAGUAGAUGAUGUUGCUACAACCACACGUAUUCCAACAACAACAGACUACGUUUCAACAACAGUGGAUGGUGGAGAAGCAACAACACGCGUUCCAACAACAACUGACUACGUUACAACAACAGUGGAUGGUGAAGAAGCAACAACACACGUUCCAACAACAACUGAAUACGUUACAACAACAGUAAAUGAUGUUGCUUCAACCACACGUAUUCCAACAACAACAGACUACGUUUCAACAACAGUGGAUGGUGGAGAAGCAACAACACGCGUUCCAACAACAACUGAAUACGUAACAACAACAGUAGAUGAUGUUGCUACAACCACACGUAUUCCAACAACAACAGACUACGUUUCAACAACAGUGGAUGGUGGAGAAGCAACAACACGCGUUCCAACAACAACUGACUACGUUACAACAACAGUGGAUGGUGAAGAAGCAACAACACACGUUCCUACAACAACUGACUACGUUUCAACAACAGUAGAUGAUUUGGCUUCAACAACACGCGUUCCAACAACAACAGAAUACGUAACAACAACAGUAGAUGAUGUUGCUUCAACCACACGUGUUCCAACAACAACUGACUUCGUUACAACAACAGUAGACGAUGUGGCUUUAACAACACACGUUCCAACAACAACUGACUACGUUUCAACAACAAUUGAUGGUGGAGAAGCAACAACACGCAUUCCAACAACAACUGAAUACGUUUCAACAACUGUACACGAUGGAGCAUCUACAACUCGGGUUCCAACAACAACUGACUAUAGUACGACAACAGUAGAUGAUAUUGCUUCAACAACACGAGUUCCAACAACAACUGAAUACACAAAAACAACAGUCGACGAUGUUGCAACGACUACACGCGUUCCAACAACUGAGUUCGUUACAACAACAGUCGAUGAUGUUGCUUCCACAACACGCGUUCCAACAACAACUGAAUACGUUACAACACCUAUCGAUGAUAUUGCAUCAACAACACGUUAUCCAACAACAACAGACUACAUAACAACAACAGAAGAUGAUGACAGUGCAGCAUCAACAACUCGCGUUCCAAUAACAACAGAGUUCGUUACAACAACAGUCAAUGAUGGAGUAUCAACAACUCGCGUUCCAACAACAACUAACUUUGUUACAACAACAGUCAAUGAGGAAGUAUCAACAACACACGUUCCAACAACAACAGAAUUCGUUACAACAACAGACAAUGAUGAAGUAUCAACAACACGCGUUCCAACAACAACAGACUACGUUACAACAACAGUCAAUGAUGAAGUAUCAACAACACGCGUUCCAACAACAACUGAUUAUAUUAAAACAACAGUGAAUGGUGGAGACCCAACAACGCGUGUUCCAACAACAACAGAGUUCGUUACAACAACAGAGUUCGUUACAACAACAGUCAAUGAUGAAGUAUCAACAACCCGCGUUCCAACAACAACUGAUUAUAUUACAACAACAGUGAAUGGUGGAGACCCAACAACGCGUGUUCCAACAACAACAGACUAUGUUACAACAACAGUCAAUGAUGAAGCAUCAACAACACGCGUUCCAACAACAUCUGAUGAUAUUACAACAACAGUGAAUGGUGGAGACCCAACAACACGUGUUCCAACAACAACAGAAUUCGUUACAACAACAGACAAUGAUGAAGUAUCAACAACACGCUUUCCAAUAACAACAGAGUUCGUUACAACAACAGUCAAUGAUGAAGCAUCAACAACACGCGUUCCGACAACAACUGAUUAUAUUACAACAACAGUGAAUGGUGGAGACCCAACAACGCGUGUUCCAACAACAACAGACUACGUUACAACAACAAUCAAUGAUGAUGCAUCAACAACACGCGUUCCAACAACAACUGAUUAUAUUACAACAACAGUGAAUGGUGGAGACCCAACAACGCGUGUUCCAACAACAACAGACUACGUUACAACAACAGUCAAUGAUGAAGUAUCAACAACACGCGUUCCAACAACAACUGAUUAUAUUACAACAACAGUGAAUGGUGGAGACCCAACAACGCGUGUUCCAACAACAACAGAGUUCGUUUCAACAACAGUCAAUGAUGAAGUAUCAACAACACGCGUUCCAACAACAACAGACUACGUUACAACAACAGUCAAUUAUGAAGCAUCAACAACACGCGUUCCAUCAACAACUGAUUAUAUUACAACAACAGUGAAUGGUGGAGACCCAACAACGCGUGUUCCAACAACAACAGAAUUCGUUACAACAACAGACAAUGAUGAAGUAUCAACUACACGCGUUCCAACAACAACAGAGUUCGUUACAACAACAGUCAAUGAUGAAGCAUCAACAACACGCGUUCCGACAACAACUGAUUAUAUUACAACAACAGUGAAUGGUGGAGACCCAACAACGCGUGUUCCAACAACAACAGACUACGUUACAACAACAAUCAAUGAUGAUGCAUCAACAACACGCAUUCCAACAACAACUGAUUAUAUUACAACAACAGUGAAUGGUGGAGACCCAACAACGCGUGUUCCAACAACAACAGACUAUGUUACAACAACAGUCAAUGAUGAAGCAUCAACAACACGCGUUCCAACAACAUCUGAUGAUAUUACAACAACAGUGAAUGGUGGAGACCCAACAACACGUGUUCCAACAACAACAGAAUUCGUUACAACAACAGACAAUGAUGAAGUAUCAACAACACGCUUUCCAAUAACAACAGAGUUCGUUACAACAACAGUCAAUGAUGAAGCAUCAACAACACGCGUUCCGACAACAACUGAUUAUAUUACAACAACAGUGAAUGGUGGAGACCCAACAACGCGCGAUCCGACAACAACUGAUUAUAUUACAACAACAGUGAAUGGUGGAGACCCAACAACGCGUGUUCCAACAACAACAGACUACGUUACAACAACAAUCAAUGAUGAAGCAUCAACAACACGCAUUCCAACAACAACUGAUUAUAUUACAACAACAGUGAAUGGUAGAGACCCAACAACGCGUGUUCCAACAACAACAGACUACGUUACAACAACAGUCAAUGAUGAAGUAUCAACAACACGCGUUCCAACAACAACUGAUUAUAUUACAACAACAGUGAAUGGUGGAGACCCAACAACGCGUGUUCCAACAACAACAGAGUUCGUUACAACAACAGUCAAUGAUGAAGUAUCAACAACACGCGUUCCAACAACAACUGACUUUGUUACAACAGCAGUCAAUGAUGAAGUAUCAACAACACGCGUUCCAACAACAACUGAUAAUAUUACAACAACAGUGAAUGGUGGAGACCCAACAACGCGUGUUCCAACAACAACAGACUACGUUACAACAACAGUCAAUGAUGAAGCAUCAACAACACGCGUUCCAUCAACAACUGAUUAUAUUACAACAACAGUGAAUGGUGGAGACCCAACAACGCGUGUUCCAACAACAACUGAUUAUAUUACAACAACAGUGAAUGGUGGAGACCCAACAACGCGUGUUCCAACAACAACAGACUACGUUACAACAACAAUCAAUGAUGAAGCAUCAACAACACGCGUUCCAACAACAACUGAUUAUAUUACAACAACAGUGAAUGGUGGAGACCCAACAACGCGUGUUCCAACAACAACAGAGUUCGUUACAACAACAGUCAAUGAUGAAGUAUCAACAACACGCGUUCCAACAACAACUGACUUUGUUACAACAGCAGUCAAUGAUGAAGUAUCAACAACACGCGUUCCAACAACAACUGAUUAUAUUACAACAACAGUGAAUGGUGGAGACCCAACAACGCGUGUUCCAACAACAACAGACUACGUUACAACAACAGUCAAUGAUGAAGCAUCAACAACACGCGUUCCAUCAACAACUGAUUAUAUUACAACAACAGUGAAUGGUGGAGACCCAACAACGCGUGUUCCAACAACAACAGAAUUCGUUACAACAACAGACAAUGAUGAAGUUUCAACAACACGCGUUCCAACAACAACAGAGUUCGUUACAACAACAGUCAAUGAUGAAGCAUCAACAACACGCGUUCCGACAACAACUGAUUAUAUUACAACAACAGUGAAUGGUGGAGACCCAACAACGCGUGUUCCAACAACAACAGAGUUCGUUACAACAACAGUCAAUGAUGAAGCAUCAACAACACGCGUUCCGACAACAACUGAUUAUAUUACAACAACAGUGAAUGGUGGAGACCCAACAACGCGUGUUCCAACAACAACAGACUACGUUACAACAACAAUCAAUGAUGAAGCAUCAACAACACGCAUUCCAACAACAACUGAUUAUAUUACAACAACAGUGAAUGGUGGAGACCCAACAACGCGUGUUCCAACAACAACAGACUACGUUACAACAACAGUCAAUGAUGAAUUAUCAACAACACGCGUUCCAACAACAACUGAUUAUAUUACAACAACAGUGAAUGGUGGAGACCCAACAACGCGUGUUCCAACAACAACAGAGUUCGUUACAACAACAGUCAAUGAUGAAGUAUCAACAACACGCGUUCCAACAACAACUGACUUUGUUACAACAGCAGUCAAUGAUGAAGUAUCAACAACACGCGUUCCAACAACAACUGAUAAUAUUACAACAACAGUGAAUGGUGGAGACCCAACAACGCGUGUUCCAACAACAACAGACUACGUUACAACAACAGUCAAUGAUGAAGCAUCAACAACACGCGUUCCAUCAACAACUGAUUAUAUUACAACAACAGUGAAUGGUGGAGACCCAACAACGCGUGUUCCAACAACAACAGAAUUCGUUACAACAACAGACAAUGAUGAAGUAUCAACAACACGCGUUCCAACAACAACAGAGUUCGUUACAACAACAGUCAAUGAUGAAGCAUCAACAACACGCGAUCCGACAACAACUGAUUAUAUUACAACAACAGUGAAUGGUGGAGACCCAACAACGCGUGUUCCAACAACAACAGACUACGUUACAACAACAAUCAAUGAUGAAGCAUCAACAACACGCAUUCCAACAACAACUGAUUAUAUUACAACAACAGUGAAUGGUGGAGACCCAACAACGCGUGUUCCAACAACAACAGACUACGUUACAACAACAGUCAAUGAUGAAGUAUCAACAACACGCGUUUCAACAACAACUGAUUAUAUUACAACAACAGUGAAUGGUGGAGACCCAACAACGCGUGUUCCAACAACAACAGAGUUCGUUACAACAACAGUCAAUGAUGAAGUAUCAACAACACGCGUUCCAACAACAACUGACUUUGUUACAACAACAGUCAAUGAUGAAGUAUCAACAACACGCGUUCCAACAACAACUGAUUAUAUUACAACAACAGUGAAUGGUGGAGACCCAACAACGCGUGUUCCAACAACAACAGACUACGUUACAACAACAGUCAAUGAUGAAGCAUCAACAACACGCGUUCCAAUAACAACUGAUUAUAUUACAACAACAAUCAAUGAUGAAGCAUCAACAACACGCGUUCCGACAACAACUGAUUAUAUUACAACAACAGUGAAUGGUGGAGACCCAACAACGCGUGUUCCAACAACAACAGACUACGUUACAACAACAAUCAAUGAUGAAGCAUCAACAACACGCGUUCCAACAACAACUGAUUAUAUUACAACAACAGUGAAUGGUGGAGACCCAACAACGCGUGUUCCAACAACAACAGACUACGUUACAACAACAGUCAAUGAUGAAGUAUCAACAACACGCGUUCCAACAACAACUGACUUUGUUACAACAACAGUCAAUGAUGAAGUAUCAACAACACGCGUUCCAACAACAACAGUCAAUGAUGAAGCAUCAACAACACGUGUUCCACCAACGACCGAUGGGUAUACUGAUGUCACAACAACAGAUGCAACAACAACAGAUGCAACAACAACUGAUCCAACAACGACGGAUAGCUAUACUACAACAGAUGCAACAACAACUGAUGCCACCACAACUGAUGCAACAACAACUGAUAGCUAUACUACAACAGAUGCAACAACUCCUGAUGGAAUAACAACUGAUUCUAUAACAACAGAUAGUUAUACAACAACUGAUGCAACGACGACGGAUAGCUAUACAACAACAGAUGCAACAACAAGAGAUGCAACCAUAACAGAUGCAACAACAACUGAUGCAACCACAACUGAUCCAACAACGACGGAUAGCUAUACUACAACAGAUGCAACAACAACUGAUGCCACCACAACUGAUGCAACAACAACUGAUAGCUAUAAUACAACAGAUGCAACAACUCCUGAUGGAAUAACAACUGAUGCUAUAACAACAGAUAGUUAUACAACAACUGAUGCAACGACGACGGAUAGCUAUACAACAACAGAUGCAAUAACAACGGAUGCAACAACAACAGAUGCAACCACAACAGAUGCAACAACAACAGAUGCAACAACAACUGAUGCAAUAACAACUGAUGCAACAACAACGGAAAGCUAUACAACAACAGAUGCAACAACAACAGAUGCAACAACAACAGAUGCAACCACAACAGAUGCAACAACAACAGAUGCAACAACAACAGAUGCAACAACAACAGAUGCAACCACAACAGAUGCAACAACAACUGAUGCAACAACGACUGAUAGUUAUACAACCACAGAAGUGUUUACAACAACGCAACACUACAGUACAACAAUAUCAACAACGCAGAGCACGCCAGCGCCCGCUCUCUGUCCGCCAAAUUCGAUAGCAAUACUACCGCAUCCGAAUUAUUGCGAUAAAUAUAUCUCCUGUUUCGCGGGUGUAGAGUUUCUACUGAAUUGCUCGAGUGGUUUUGAGUUCAAUGAAGUUACGCUGACUUGUGUACCAAUAUCCGAAGACGGUUGUUUCGCAACACGAUUCAGUACAACCAAAUCAGACGUGGAACAAACAACAAAAACGGAACACACAACAACAGAAGUACCAGAUUUGGAAGUGAAGACAAUACGACAAACAACAAUCGGUGAAGACACAACAGUAACAACAGAUACUGUUGACAUCUCAACAUUUGUUCCAACAACAGACAGUAGUGCAGAUGAUACUAUAACUAACUAUCCACCCAUAUCAGUAGAAACUACUACAAUGUCAGUAGCACCGGAAGCAACUACCGCAUCCGUUAUUUGUCCACCUAAUUCGAUUGCUUCACUACCGCAUCCAUAUUAUUGUGAUAAAUAUUAUUCUUGCAUCGCUGGCGUGGCUUUCCUUUUGAAUUGUUCUAGCGGCUUCGAAUUUGAUGAAGUCACUGCGACUUGUGUACCAAUAUCCGAAAACGGUUGUUUCGCAACACGAUACAACAACGUAACAACAUCAACUGUAACAAACGAUGUAGAGAUAACAACACAAACUGAAACAAAAGAACCGACAGACGUACCCGAUUUGGAGGUUAAGACAGUCAAACAGACAACACUUGAUGAUAUAGAUGGAACAACAGAGGGUGAAAAAACAACAAAUAUAGAUACAACAAAUAAUCCAAUAGAAAGUACUACAGGCUCAUCGCCUGAAGUAACUACUGUGUCUGUUGUUUGUCCACCAAAUUCUAUAGCAGUUCUUCCACACCCCCAUUAUUGUGAUAAAUACAUAUCUUGUAUAGCUGGAAUCGCUUUUCUCUUGAAUUGUUCACAAGGCUUCGAAUUUGACAACGUUACUAAGGAAUGCGUAGCAAUAUCAGAAAAUGGUUGUUUCGCAACCAGGUAUAAUAUAACAGAGGUACCAACAACAUCAGGCAAUGAUAAUAUCGAACUAACUACUAGUCAAUCUAGUACUAUUAUAACUCCUGAACUAUCAACCACAGCACCAAUAUGUCCUAUUGAAGUGGUAGGGAAUGUCCCCCAUCCGGUAUAUUGCAAUAUGUACUAUAAUUGCAUAGCUGGAAAUCAUUUCCUGCGAACCUGUUCGGAGGGCUUUGAAUACGAUCAUGAUAUUCAGACUUGUGUCACAAUAAGCGAUAGCGGUUGUUACGCUAAACGAAACAGCACAAUAACAACACAAAACGCCAUAGACGUCGAAGUAACAACACUCAACAUCAAAGACGAUGAAAUAACAACACAUAAAGUCAAAGAUGACGAAAUGACAACAUACAACGAUAAAGACGCCGAUGUAACAACACAUAAAAAUGAAGAAACAACACCACCAAUAUGUCCUAUUAAUGUUAUAGGGAAUGUCCCCCAUCCGGUAUAUUGCAAUAAGUACUAUAAUUGCAUAGCUGGAAGUCAUUUUCUGUUGACGUGUCCGGAAGGUUUCGAAUACGAUCAAGAUGUUCGGGCUUGUGUUACAAUAAGCGAUAGCGGUUGUUACGCAAAACGACAGAACACAACAACAACACACAAUAUCAAAGACGUUGAAUUAACAACGUAUAACGUCAAAGAUGACGAAAUAACAACACACAAUGACAAAGAUGCUGAUAUAACAACACAUAAGAACGAAGAAACAACACCACCAAUAUGUCCUAUUGAAGUGGUAGGGAAUAUCCCCCAUCCAGUGUAUUGCAAUAAGUACUAUAAUUGCAUAGCUGGUAAUCAUUUUCUGCGAACAUGUUCCGAGGGUUUUGAAUACGAUCACGUUCUUCAGGAAUGCGUAACAAUAACAGAAAAUGGUUGUUUCGCAACCAGAUUUAAAGUAACAGAAGAACCAUCUACGUUAGGCAAUACUAAUAUAGAACUAACGACGAUUCAGUCUAGUACUGUUCUUACUCCUAAAGUUACAACGACAGCACCAAUAUGUCCUCCUGAAAUUUACGGGAAUAUACCCCAUCCGGUAUAUUGCAAUAAGUACUAUAAUUGCAUAGCUGGAAGUCAUUUUCUGUUGACAUGUUCGGAAGGUUUUGAAUACGACCAUGAUCGUCAGACAUGUGUAACAAUAAGCGAUAGCGGUUGUUACGCAAAACAACAGAACACAACAACAACACACAACGUCAAAGAUGCCGAACGAACAACAUAUAAACUCAAAGAUGACGAAAUAACAACACACAACGUAAAAGACGCCGAAGCAACAACACAUAAUGAUAAAGAUGCUGAUGUAACAACACAUAAGAACGAAGAAACAAUAUGCCCGCCAUUAUUCUCUGGCAACAUACCGCAUCCAACUCGUUGUGAUUCUUUCUACAUCUGUGUUUCUGGUUUUCCUCUGUAUGUGAACUGUUCCUCUGGAUUUGAAUAUGAUGAGAGUGUACAGAAAUGCGUAGCCAUAUCCGAUACUGGAUGCUUCGCUAGGGACAGCUCGGCAGCUACAUCUAUACCCGUUGUGAUGACGGAAAAGCCAUUUUCCACUUCUAAAAUUGUCGAAACAACACAAAACACCAAGGAUGUAGAAACAACAACGCACAUGGAGGAGGCAUGUCCUCCACACGUGUUUGGGAACAUGCCACAUCCGACUAAAUGUGAUUCGUUCUACAUUUGUAUGGGUGGUGUUUCUAUGUUCAUGAAUUGUUCGAAUGGCUUCGAAUAUGAUCAGGCUGUUGGGCAAUGUGUGGAGAUAUCCGAAAAUGGAUGUUUCGCAAAGAGCAGCACAAAAGUUGAUGCGGUUGUACCAACUGAUAAAUCAACAACUACUACUACAACAGAGAAAACAGUAAUCUGUCCCCCCUUCGGCGGCGGUAAUGUUGCCCACCCCACCCGGUGUGACCAGUUCUACAACUGUAUCGCCGGUGUUGCCAUAUUGCUCAACUGUCAGGAGGGACACGAAUACGAUCCUGAUAUACAGUUCUGCGCACCAAUAUCAAACAACGGUUGUUUUGCCAAAAAAGGGCUCAUUCCCGUAAAUCCUACUUCUGAACGACAAUCAACUCCUAAAGAUGAAAUGACCACUCCUAUAAGAGUAGAAGCGACAACUCCAUUGUGCCAACCGGGAUAUUUCGGGAAUAUAGCUCAUCCGGAAUUGUGCGAUUCGUUCUAUUUGUGCGCAGCCGGUACGGCUAUGCAACUGCAUUGUAGUGCUGGCUUCGAAUACGAUCAAAUUGCUGGGACGUGCGUGGCCAUAUCAGACAGCGGCUGUACAGCCAUGAAAGACCGAAAAACAUCAACAGACACAAUCAUACAGCCAGACUCACAACCAGACUCUCAAGACGCUAUCUGUGCGCCAGACGCUUUCGGCAACAUGCCACACCCAGAACGAUGUGACGCUUUCUAUUUGUGUGCGGCUGGUAAUGCGAUAGAACUGUUCUGUAGUUCUGGUUUCGAAUAUGACGCUGUGUUAAUGCAAUGUACCCGCAUAACUGACAACGGAUGCACGGCUAUGAAGACGAAAUAAUAAUAUUUGACACUACCUUGACACUACCUCAUAGAUCCUUGAAGAAUACGACUGCGAUUUCUAAAAUGAAACGAUCGAACGGCCUUCUGUCAACUUUGACAGCUUUAUAUAUACAACAUGGCGCCAAAAAUAAAAUUAAAAAUAUCAAAAAAAGGUGCUAUUAAUACCUAGAUUGCUACAGGGAUAAAAGGCUGUUAUAACUGUUUAUAAAUAAUUUAUUUUACUUGUUUACGAACGAAUAAUCGAAGUGUUUAUCGAAAU